GACUACAGAGGACAAACAGAGACAGCCGAGAGAGAGAGAGAGAGAGAGAGAGAGAGAGAGAGAGAGAGAGAGAGAGAGAGAGAGAGAGAGAGAGAGAGAGAGAGAGAGAGAAUUGAUUUAUCUUGGGAUCCAGAAGUUCGUUCUAACCUGAGGAAAGUCAAAUCCCUGGAAGCCGGCAGAGACAAGAGGAAAAGGGGAAAGAUACAGACGCCAGAAACUCCUCUCCCUCACCACCUAAAUCUCCUUGCUCCCAAAUUCCUGGUCCCCUGUGUGGCCUUGUGGAGAUAAUAUGUUGUUCUUCGCUCUCCUGUUAAAGGUGACUUGGAUCCUGGCUGCAGACGGGGGUCACCACUGGACGUAUGAAGGCCCACAUGGUCAGGACCACUGGCCAACCUCUUACCCUGAGUGUGGAGGCGAUGCCCAGUCCCCCAUCAACAUUCAGACAGACAGUGUGAUAUUUGACCCUGAUCUGCCUGCUGUACAGCCCCAUGGAUAUGACCAGCCUGGUACUGAGCCUUUGGAUCUACACAAUAAUGGCCAUACAGUGCAGCUUUCCCUGCCCCCCACCCUGCACCUGGGCGGACUGCCCCGGAAAUACACAGCAGCCCAGCUCCACCUGCACUGGGGUCAGAAAGGAUCCCAAGAGGGCUCUGAGCACCAGAUCAACAGCGAAGCCACGGUGGCAGAGCUCCAUGUGGUCCAUUAUGACUCGGAGUCCUAUGGCAGUCUGAGUGAGGCUGCUCAGAAGCCUCAGGGCCUGUCUGUCCUAGGCAUCUUAAUUGAGGUGGGCGAGACUGAGAACCCGGCUUACAGUCACAUUCUGAGUCAUCUGCAUGAAAUAAGGCAUAAAGACCAGAUAACCUCAGUGCCCCCCUUCAAUGUGAGAGAGCUGCUCCCCCAGCAGCUGGGGCAGUUCUUCCGGUACAACGGCUCACUCACGACCCCACCCUGCUACCAGAGUGUCCUCUGGACAGUCUUCCACCGAAGGGCCCAGAUUUCAGUGGAACAGUUAGAAAAGCUUCAGGGGACGCUGUUCUCUACGGAAGAGGAGCCACUUGCGCCCCUCAUACAGAACUACAGAAUCCCCCAGCCUCUCAACCAGCGGACCAUCUUUGCUUCCUUUGUCCAAGCGGGACCAUUGUAUACCACAGGAGAGAUGCUGGGUCUAGGUGUGGGAAUCUUGGCUGGAUGUCUCUGCCUUCUGCUGACUGUUUAUUUCAUUGCUCAAAAAAUUAGGAAGAAGAGGCUAGGAAACAGGAAGAGUGUAGCCUUCACCUCGGCACGGGCUACCACAGAGGCAUAAACCCCGUCUCGAUGCCACGGACGCCUUCCCCUCAUACCCAUCAGGGGUCUCUCUAAGGGGGUGCAAGGGCUGGACUAGAAGUAGCAGGCAGACACAUGUCCUUCUCCAUACCAACUCUGUACACAUACGCCAGAGAAGCAAGGACCCAGGGCUUCAAGGAAGAGCAGAGUCUCUGGCCUUCCAAAGCACGUAGGUCAGGAGAUCCCUGCUUUAACAGGCAGUUAUGAAGAGGCUGAGAUGUGCCCUGAUGUCCCUCACCUCACACCUUCAUGGCCCCUCCCCUAGACACACCUAGAUACAUGUCUAGGAAAAAGCUGCUGCUGGAAGUUUAGUUAUUUUUUUUGCUCAAUAUAUGUUUGAAAACCUUA